AUGGAAAGUCAUAUUCAUCAUAUAACUCCAAGAAAUAUUACAGCUUCUAUUCUUCAACAAAAAGUUGCUGUUCAAGGAAUUAUUACAAAAUCAUCUCAAAUUCGUCCUUUACUUCAAACUGCUGUUCAAUUUUGUCCAUUAGAUUAUUCUAUUCAUGCAAGAGAUUUAUCUCAUGCUGAUAUAAUGGUUAAAUUAUCAUCAAAAACUCUUGAUGGAAAACCAUUAGAACUUGAACCAGGAUUAUCUACUUAUAAAGAUUUUCAAACAUUAGUUGUUCAAGAAAUGCCUGAAAGUGCACCAACAGGACAAAUGCCAAGGUCUGUUAUUGUAAUAUUAUUAGAUCAAUUAGUAGAUAAAGGUAAACCAGGAGAUAGAGUAAUUAUUAAUGGAACAUUAAAAGCAUUAGCUGGACCUAAUCAUUCAUCUACAUUUAAAGUUGUUUUAGAAGCAGAUAAUAUUAAUACAUUACAAUCAGAAGGACCUGAAUUAACUGAAAUUGAUAAAGAAAAUAUUAAAAAAGUAAUGAAAGAAAAAAAUUCAAUUAAUCUUUUAUCAAAAUCAAUAGCACCAAGUAUUUAUGGAUAUUCAGAUAUUAAAAAAGCAAUUCUUUUAAUGUUAGUUGGUUCAACACCUAAAAUUCGUUUAAGAUCAAGAGUUAGAGGUGAUAUUCAUAUAAUGUUAUGUGGUGAUCCAUCUACUGCUAAAUCACAAUUACUUAGAUAUGUUAUGAGUAUUGCACCUUUAGCUGUUUCUACAAAUGGAAGAGGUGCAACUGGAGUUGGAUUAACUGCUGCUGUUGUUAAUGAUCCUGAUACUAAUCAACGUACAUUAGAAGCUGGUGCAAUGGUAUUAGCUGAUAGAGGAAUUGUUUGUGUUGAUGAAUUUGAUAAAAUGUCUAUUGAAGAUAGAGCAGCAAUGCAUGAAGUAAUGGAACAACAAACUGUAACAGUUCAAAAAGCUGGAAUUCAUACAGCAUUAAAUGCAAGAUGUUCAAUUCUUGCAGCAGCAAAUCCAUCAAAUGGAAAUUAUAAUGUUAAAAAAUCACCUAUGGAAAAUCUUUAUUUUCCUGAAUCUUUAUUAUCUAGAUUUGAUCUUAUUUUUAUUAUUUUAGAUUCUUCUACUGAAGAACUUGAUAGAAGAUUAUCACAACAUGUUUUAAAAAUGCAUAGACAUUUUGAUGCAUUAUCUGAACAACGUGGAGAUGAUGAAAUUAAUGUAUUAGCUUUAGUAGAUGCUGAAAGAGAAAAAAUUGGAGAUGCACCUGUUUAUCAAGAUACUUCUUUAUAUGAAGGAGAAAAAUUAUUUACUAAUAAAUUUAUUAAAAAAUAUAUUACUUAUGCUAGAAAUCUUCCAACACCUUCUUUAACUCAAUUUGCUAGUGAAACUAUAGCAAAUGCUUAUGUUAAAUUAAGAGAAAAUGAAAGAUUAAAAAGAAUUAAACAUAAUUUUAAAAUUAAAACUCUUCCUAUUACAGCUCGUGCUCUUGAUUCUUUAAUUAGACUUGCUGAAGCACAUGCUAGAAUUCGUGGAAGUAAUACAAUUGAUGAAAUAGAUGCUCAAAUUGCAGUUCAACUUAUUUUUUAUGCUCAUUUUGAUGAAAAUUGGGAAGGAAAUAUUACAACUGAUAUUGCUAGAAAAGUAAGAGAAUAUUUAACUAAUGAAUUAAUUGCUGAAUGUAAAGAUAUUAUUCAAUUUGAUGAUAUUCUUAAUAUUUGUGGAAUAGAUAAACCAACUUUAAUGAAAAUUUUACCUCAAUUAUCUUUUGGUUAUGAUAAAGAUGAAGAAUUUGUAUACAAACAAAAUUAA